AUGCUAACCAUUCCACCCGCUGCCCAUCCAUAUAUGUCGGCCGAUAACCAUUAUCCGCCGCCCAUCCAUAUAUUCAGCCGCCAACCAUUCCGCCUGAUGCCCAUCCAUAGGUCAUCCGAUAACCAUUCCACCCGCUGCCCAUCCAUAUGUCGUCCGAUAACCAUUCGCCCGCUGCCCAUCCAUAUAUGUCAUCCGAUAACCAUUCCACCGCUGCCCAUAGAUAUAUGUCAGCCGAUAACCAUUCCGCUCGCUGUCCAUCCGAUAACCAUUCCGCCCGCUGCCCAUCCAUCCGAUAAUAUUGCCGCUGCCAUCCAUAUAUGUCAGCCGAUAACCAUUCCACCUGCUACCCAUCCAUAUAUAUGUCAGCAGAUAACCAUUCCACCUGCUGCCCAUCCAUAUAUGUCAGCCGAUAACCAUUCCACCCGCUGCCCAUCCAGAUAUGUCAGCCGCUAA